AUGACUUUGAGUUUGAGCCUCCUCGUCGGGGCACUGACCCUGAUCACCGUCUACUUGAUAAACAAGUACAUCUAUUGGAAGAGGCGUGGAAUUCCAAUAGUCAUGGGAUUAAUACCGCCGUUUGGUCACUCGUUACCGGUAAUAAGUAUGAAGUCGAGUGUCUCAGAGUUACAUCGCAAGAUAUACGAAGAUACCAAGAAUGUCAGCAUGGUUGGGCUCUACCAAAUGACGAGCCCCGCGCUUAUGGUUUGCGAACCUCAGUUAGUGAAGGCUGUUUUGCAGACCAGCUUUCCAAAGUUUCACGAGAACGCAUUAAAAAUUAAUCCCGAGGCGGAUCCUUUAUUAUCCCAUCACCCGUUCUUCAAUUCCUGUGAGAAAUGGUCGAUCGGAAGAAAACGUUUAACCUACGCGUUUUCCAACAUGAGAUUGAAAAUCCUUUUCGCGACUGUCAAAGAUGUAUGCAAGAAAUUCGAGGACUUCAUGGAGAGACGAUUGAAGACCAGCGACAAGUACGAAACGGAACUGAAGACAUUUUUCGCGAAAUUCACCGGGGAGGUUGUGUCGACCGCUGGCCUGAACAUUCGAAAAUUUGAAUAA